CGUUUCUUUAAUAAUGGUUACCGCGGUGACGUAGAUCGACAGCUGGCUCCCUUUUUCGGUAUUUUUACAACUUUCUGCAACUUUCGGAUUAAAAAACAUCGUCGAGGAGAGUGAACACAACAUGUGUAUUAUAAUUCCAAGUGUUCUUUGACAUUUUAUUCGAUUGUAAAAUUAAUAAGAAAAGAUUUUAAAAUAUGGUCUGAUCCUGUGAAGGAAGGGAAGCAGACGAAAAAUGAGUAGGAUCCAGAAAAUGCCUUGUCCAGGAGGUGGACUCUAUGUCCUCGAGGGAGAGGUGGGCCUCCUGGUGACAGCAAUGCGACGUGGUGUUCGAUGGUCGUCACACUCUCAUCAGGAUGAGGAUCAAGAUGUUUUGAUGAAGGGAUUGUCCUCGUUAAAGGAAGCUUUAAAUGAGGCAAAAGAUAUUUCGCAAUUGGAACCAGCUGUUUUUAUGGCACCCUUUCUUGAAAUUAUACGAUCCGAAGAAACAACUGGACCAGUUACUAGUCUCGCUUUAUCCGCCGUUAAUAAAAUUAUCUCCUAUGGACUUAUUGAUCCGGAGCACCCAGCGAUUGCUCCUUGCGUGGAAGCUGUGGCAGAUGCUGUUACCCAUGCAAGAUUUGUGGGUACAGAUGCAUCUGGAGAUGGUGUUGUACUCAUGAGAAUUCUCCAAGUUCUUCGAGCACUUAUGCUUUCUCCCUCAGGCGAUCAUCUUUCUAAUGAGAGCAUUUGUGAAAUUAUGCUUAGUUGUUUUCGAAUAUGUUUCGAAUCACGUCUCAGCGAGUUAUUGAGACGAACAGCGGAGCACUGUUUAAGAGAUAUGGUUCAACAUUUAUUCACAAGAUUGCCACAUUUUAUCGACGAUUCGAGGGGUCUUCUAAAUAUGAAGAAAAUGAGAACAAAUAAUAUGGAUAAUACGCGAAGCAAGUCUAGAAAAACAAAGAAUCAUUCCAAAUCAAAGUCGCAACCAAAUCCCGAGGAAAUUGAGGACGCCGAGUCUCAACUUUUAAGUCCUGUCGAUAGAGUAAGGGCGAAUCAUCUCGCAACCACGCCAGUAACGCCGGCUGGUAAUAUUGUAGAUAUGCAAGGAUCAUUGGAUCAAAGUCCUCCGGAAAAAAUUGAGGAUGAUAAAUCCGAUAAUAAAAAUAGUGUAGCAAAAACAUUAGAUCUCGAGGCAAAGGAGGAAAAUCAAGAGGUCAAUAAGGAACAAGUUUCAAAUGACUUGACAACAGAAAAUACUUCUGACUGUAAAGCAUCACAAAAUGAAUGUGAAUCGUCUUCCGAAAAUAAAAACAUUGUUGAAACAGUCGAGAAAGAAACGAUUGAAUGUUUAGAGAAGGAAAAUGUUCCCGAUUGUCAAGAGAGUCGAGAGGAGGACAAAACCGAUUGGGUCCAAUCGCCAGCGGGAAGUGUGGAAGAUUUAUCAUCAGUGGAUGAGAGUUCGAGUGGUUAUGAUGUUUCGAAAAUACCAAAAAUUCGAAUAGAAGAUGAACCGCUUGAAGAAUAUGUAAAUACUCAAGGCGUUAGAUUCAUGCCACAUCAGCAACAUACACCCUAUGGUUCGCUGUGUGUUCGCGAACUUUUUCGAUUUCUCGCCUCAAUCUGCAAUCCACUCGAUAAACAGAAUACAGAAGUAAUGAUGCACUCGGGUCUCAGUUUAUUGCAAGUCGCAUUGGAAAUUUCCGCCGAUUCUCUUUCCAAUUUCACAUCGCUAUUGGCUCUUGCAAAGGACGAUCUUUCUCGAAAUUUAAUACUAUUGUUGGGCUCCGAUCGUCUGUCGAUUUUGGCUGCGAAUCUACAAGUGUCGUUUUUAUUAUUCGAAUCACAAAGGGAACAUUUGAAAUUUCAAUUGGAACAUUACAUUACUAAAUUAAUGGAAAUUGUGAAUUCAGAGUCGAAUCGGAUAUCGUACGAACAACGAGAGUUAGCGUUAGAAGCGAUUGUCAGACUGUGGAGAAUACCGGGCUUAGCGGCAGAAUUAUAUUUAAAUUACGACUGUGGACUUUAUUCUACAAAUCUUUACGAGGAAUCAAUGAAACUUUUAUCUAGGAACGCGUCUUCUUUUAUGGGAACCAUGUACAGUAUGCAAUUUAUUUCCCUCGACGCUAUAUUUAAUUUAAUUGCGGGAAUGGAGGCCAGAUGUAAAGGUCUUCAUGACCUUUGUAAAACUUCUAGACACGCUCCGUCGCCAAAUCUUCCAACUCGAGAUGAACUGCUCACGACGAAGGCCAACAAGAGGUGGUUGGCCUUAGGAACGGAGAAGUUCAACGAGAAUCCCAGAAAGGGUAUUGCAAAAUUAGCCGAACAUGGCCUCCUGGGUGAGAAUGUAGAGCAACCCGAUCCUGAGAAAAUUGCCAAAUAUUUGCGUGAAAAUCCGGGAUUGGAUAAAAAGGCAAUUGGCGAAUAUAUCAGUAAAAAGGAAAAUAAAACGAUACUAAAUUGUUUCGUUCACAAUUUCGAUUUAGGCAACACGCGAAUCGAUCAAGCACUACGAUUGUAUUUGGAAUCCUUUCGACUUCCUGGAGAAGCUGCUCUUAUAUCACUUCUUCUUGAAAAAUUCGCCGAACACUGGCAUGAUAGUAACGGUAGACCUUUUGCCUCGGCCGAUGCUGCAUUCACGCUCGCUUACGCUGUAAUUAUUUUAAAUGUUGAUCAACAUAAUUAUAACGCAAAACGUCAAAUUAAUCCAAUGAAUGCCGACGAUUUUAAAAGGAAUUUGAAAAAAGUUAAUGGCGAUGAGGAUUUUGAUCAAGAAAUGUUGGAUGAAAUCUACACUUCCAUUAAGAACGAAGAAAUUGUGAUGCCAGCAGAACAAACUGGACUUGUAAAAGAGAAUUAUCUUUGGAAAGUGUUGUUACGCCGUAGCUGUGGUCCAGAGAGCAGUUAUUUGAAAGUUGGCAGUGCCGGAGAAUUUGUUGACAAGGAAUUAGCCGAAAGAGCCUGGGCUCCAAUUGUCAGUGCUCUUUGCAGAGCUUUCGACAAAGCUCCCGACAAAACUCUUCAACGAAGAGUUGCUCAAGCAUUUCUCAGUUGUGCGGCAAUUAGUGCUCAUUAUGGAAUGACGAGCGAUCUGGACACAUUGAUAGUCAGUAUUUGUAAGUUUACCGGCUUGGCGGCUGGCGGUGAACCGGACCAAGUAGUUUUACAUUUGGGCAGUAGUGGAAGAUGUCAAUUAGCGGCGCAUACACUUUUCAAAAUUACUCACAUGCACGGAGACGCAUUGCGGGCAUCGUGGAAAAAUAUCGUCGAUUGUCUCCAAACAUUAUUCCUAGCUCGUGUUCUGCCAAAGAAUUUAACUGAGGGUGAGGACUUUCUUGAUGUCACGGGUAAAAUUUCAUUGAUUCGUGAGCCGUCGGCAAUUAAAGCAGCGCCUGUCGAGCAAGGAAUUCUUUCCAGUUUAUAUUCGUAUAUUGCUCUUCACACGACAAAAGUUCCUCAUCCGGCUGAAAUCGCCGCCAGGGAACGUGCGGCGAAAUGUAUUGCGAACUGUCACCUGAAGCAAAUUAUUGAGGAGAGUAAAUUUUUACAGGUGGAAUCGCUUCGGUCCUUGAUUGGCGCACUAGUAUCGGUGAAAUCGCAGGACGAGGAUCUCGCCGUCUUUCUUUUGGAAUGUCUUUUGGAAGUGACAAUUCAAAAUCGCGAUCGUGUGGUUUGCAUUUGGCCCGUGGUGCAGGCGCAUCUCGAUGGACUGCUAACGACAGCGGCUCGGGAGAAUCAACCGUACCUUCUGGAACGAGUGGCCGUGGGUAUGUUGCGCCUGGCGAUACGACUUCUUCGAGGCGAGGAAUUGGCCUGCACUGUUCUCCCGCCACUAACACCGUUGACGUAUUUGCCGUCAGUGGCAAUGUCGCCACUCUCGCGGCAAAUUGCCUACGGACUCUCGGAGCUGCUGAAGACUGGCGCAGCCAAUAUUCACACGAACGACGAUUGGAAAGUGAUUUUCAGUUUGUUGGAGUGCGUGGGAGCCGGGGCUUUACAAUCGAAGCAAACGAAUCCAGUUCUUGAUGAAGCAUCACCGAGAAAUUCGAUUCUAGAUUCACGACCAAUUAGUCCAGUUCCUGAAUGGGUUUUGGUUUCUCCGACGGGGACCGAGGCGCCACUUCCAGUUGCUGCCGAUACUAUUGUCUUGGAUCGAGAUCUUCAACCUCAUGAUCCGGCCGCGUUGGUCAAGUGCGUCGAGAGUUUAUCGUUUCUUGUUCGAGACGUCGCUCACGUGACGCCAUUCAAUUUCGAAUUGUGCGUCCGUUGCGUGAGAACGUUCUCCGAGGCGGUUCUCCAGUGUGCUGGCAAGCGGAGUCGUGUUUUGAGCGCCGUCGACGAGCCGGCGAAUUACCAACAGAGUCCGAUUCAGUUACUAGAGUUGAUGCACACUCUGCACACGAGGACGGCCCAGGUAUUCCAGUGGUGGGCUCAGGAAGGCGAGACCACCGACAUUUCACUCUGGGCUCAAGGAUGGCGGCCCCUUUUGCAGGGAAUCGCUAGGCUCUGCGGGGACUGCAGACGACCAGUUCGCGCAUCGGCAAUCACGUAUCUUCAGUCACUCUUGGCUCACGAACUCACUCAAUUAACUGGCGUUGAAUGGUCCCAGUGUUUGGAACAAGUCCUCUUUCCUUUGUUCGCACAACUUUUGGGUCAAAUUGCGCCCAACGAUCCGACUGGUGUUGAGGAAACCCGAUUCCGGGCGGCGACACUCUUAUCCAAAGUAUUUCUGCAUCAUUUAACGCCUCUACUCUCGCUACCGGGAUUUCUGCCUCUUUGGUUAACAGUACUCGAUCUUCUUCGCGCUUUCAUGCACGCAGACAACAGUGAACUUUUGUUAGAAGCAAUUCCGGAGUCUUUGAAAAAUAUGCUACUCGUCAUGUCGUCAGCUGGUGUUUUGGUACCAGAAUCAAAUUUAUGGGCACCUACGUGGCGAACUAUCGACGGAUUUCUACCAAAUUUGAGGACUGAACUCUUCCCCGAUUUACCUCCUGUCGCUCAAACUCAACCUCUUUCGCAGUCUCCUCAACCUCAGGUUAUCAGUCUCGUCGAUCAGCAACAACCGUCAUUCCCAGGAUCAAUAGCCCCACAACCGGAAAUACAAUCGACUGUACAAAAUGAGAGCCACGUUGUCGAUGAGGAUAAUGACAGAAUGUUGAAUGCAGUGGAAAAUGGAAUUCUCCGAUCGACUGGAGUAAUUGCGGCGACAAUUUUACCAUCGUCUGAGAAAAAGGAAGCUGCUCAACAAGUUAUUACCCUUGUGAAUCAACCACCACCAAGUGUUUCGAGUCCAGUGGCAAUUCAACCGAGUGCACAGAAAGUUUUCGAUUUUUAUCGACCACUAUCGCAGCAACAUCCGGGAAUUCCUGUAAUUUCUAAUCAGGAUAUUGAAAAAAAUUCAACAGCAAAUGAGGAAAAUAUUUGGCAUACUGCACAGCAUAUAAUCGCCGCCUCUCAGGACAUUUCAAUUGUUCCCCAAGUCACGACACCUCAACAUCAAUUAAUCUCGCAGCAAAUUGCGAUUUCACAACAAAUAACCAGUCAACAAUUAACAAGUCAACAAAUUAAUCAACAAAUAACAAGUCAACAAAUAACAAAUCAACAAUUAACAAUGCCCCAACAAAUAUCGGCAUCACAUCAGAUAAUCUCCAAUAUUUCGCAAUAUCCGCAAAAUUCGUUUCCACAAUCACACGAAUUUCAUUAUUCUGGGGAAAAUAAUCUUAGUCAUUCCGUUAAAUCACAUGAGGCAACAGUCGAGGAGGGAAAAACAGCAACGAUUUUCAAUUCCGCUGCUUAUUUUAACGAAGACCCCGCCGCGGAUCGUCUCUUUGACGUCCGUCAAGUGAGUACCGCCACUUUGGAAAAUUGAAAAAUUUUGUACAAAAGAACAUCUUUACAAUUGUCAUUUCUUUUGUUUCUUCAAAUGUAUUAAAAAUUUUUGCUUAAAAAGCAAAUUUAAAGAAAGAAAUUGAUUUUUAUCGGUGGCGGUGUAAAUUUGACGUCAAAUUACCAAGUCUAAUAAUAAGAAUUGUAAAAAUAAAAAGUGAUAUAUCAGAACAGUAAAAAUAGGGUUUUUGGUUACUUGCAAUUUUGUUCAAGUGAUUUUAAAGAAAUUUAUUUUUUUGUUAUUUUAAAAAAGUUUUUGUUUGUUUUUUUUGUAAGUUUUAUUACAAUGUAUAUGAAAUGAUUUUAUCUUUUUGACAGCUUUUAAUUUAAAAAUUUCCACUUUUUAAUAAAAAAUUUAUACUUAUUGUCGAUUUUGAGAGAAUUUUUUUUUGAAAAUGAUUUGAUUUUGUGUAAAUUUUUAAGUUUAUCUUGAAAAUUCUAGCAUUAGACUAUAUACACAAAACUUUACCAAGUGUUAAUAAAAUAUUUAAAGAAAAACUAACGUGACUUAUGAAUUUUGAUUUACAAGUCAUGUCAAAUUGUAGUUUAAUAAGAAAAAAUGGAAAAUUGUAAAAUUGAUUAUUUUAAUUCAUAUAUAUAUAUAUAGAAAAAUUAUGUUGUCUUUAUCGUUAAAAAUAAAUCAUGUUUUUAGAACA